AGCAAUGCGUCUCGAUACAAAUUCCAAUGUGGACUUUAAAGCCUUCGAAUCGAGCCCCAAUUCCAGCCCCUCCAGCUCCGCCUCCGCAUCAGCCAGUUCCACAAGCAGCACAUGUCUUAUCAAAUUGGACAAUUUGGCCACCUGGGGUGGAACACACAAAACGGACACAAGGCUACCCAUAACGGAUUACUCCACAUUGGGUGGCCCCCGGCACAAUCGUUCCCCCUUUCCCCUAUCCACAGAUGUGAAUAAUCGCUUUGUUAUAUGGGAUGGCGACCAGACCUGUCUGGAUGUGGAUGCCAUCACAAAUUCAAGCGUUGAAAAAUUGACUGAAAGCAAUAUCAUAUCGGAGCGUAUAUUUGCCAGGGCAGGAAAUCAAUUAAAAGACGAAUUACUCACAAAUUGCACAAAGAAUGGUGAAUGCCGCUCUGGUGAUGUACGCAUCACGCGUGGUUACAAUCUGCCAGCCAAAUAUGUUCUACACACAGUGGCACCUGCCUAUAGAGAAAAAUUUAAGACAGCUGCCGAAAAUACUUUGCAUUGUUGUUAUAGAAAUGUUCUCUGUAAGGCCAAGGAACUGAAUUUACGUACAAUAUCAAUUUGUAAUAUUAGCGCCAAUCAGAAAAGCUUUCCAGCCGAUGUGGCAUCUCAUAUUGCACUACGCACCAUUCGUCGUUAUCUGGACAAGUGUCCAUUGCAGGUUGUGAUAUUAUGCGUUAGUCCCAGCGAACGUGGUAUCUACGAAGUGCUGGCCCCAUUAUAUUUUCCACGCGAUCAGCUGGAGGAGCGCAGCGCCCUGUGGCAGCUGCCCAAGGAUAUUGGCGGUGAAUUUGGUGAGCCUCAACAUCCGGAUCCGGAUCGUCAGAUACGUAUUAUACGUAAUCCUCAGCAUAGCAGUGUCCAUAUGCGUCAUCAUCAUAACCAUUGUCAGGCUGACGACGAUUCAGACGUUAGUCCCCACGAUAUGGAGGGAAAUAGUUCAGAUUUGGAAUAUGGCAACGGUGCCAGAGAUAUGAAUGGACUUAGCUUGAAUUCAUAUAGCUCAGGACUACAAGCUCAAUUGCAGCGUGACUUGGAUAGACAACAUUUGCUUAGCGAUCGUCCGCGUAAUGGUGUCUAUGAGAAUGUCAUCUCAGAAGGUGUUGAGGGCAUAGAGCAUCAAGAGAGAUACGAACGCCUUCUGAGACGAGCUCAGGUGGAGGAUUUAAAUGAGGUAUCUGGCAUUGGUUGCCUCUAUCAGAGCGGUGUUGAUCGUCUGGGACGUCCCGUGAUUGUUUUCUGUGGCAAAUGGUUUCCCGCUCAGAAUAUUGAUCUGGAAAAGGCUUUAUUGUAUUUGAUCAAAUUAUUGGAUCCCAUCGUUAAAGGAGACUAUGUUAUUGCCUACUUCCAUACACUAACAUCCACAAAUAAUUAUCCUUCACUGCAUUGGCUGCGUGAGGUCUACAGUGUAUUGCCCUACAAAUACAAAAAGAAUCUGAAAGCCUUUUAUAUUGUGCAUCCGACAUUCUGGACUAAAAUGAUGACCUGGUGGUUCACGACAUUUAUGGCACCUGCUAUUAAGGCGAAAGUUCACUCGCUGCCUGGUGUAGAGCAUUUAUAUUCGGCCAUAACCAAAGAUCAAUUGGAAAUACCCGCCUAUAUAACAGAAUACGAUAUGGCGACCAAUGGCCUACAUUAUUUUAAUCCUGUGCCGACUGCCUCGUAGAUGGCGGCCAUUGUUGCUGUCUAAAAGACAGUGAAUACCCACUAAAAUACACACACACACUUACACAUAGAUACAUACAAUCUAAUGGAAGUUUUUUAUAGAUUUUAUAGAAUGUAUUGUAUAUUUUGUUUGUUUUUACUAAGAAAAGAAAAAAAAAAUCUGUUUGUUGACACGCUAAAAAUAGGAGAAAAAAAAAACAAAAAAAAAAAACAAAUUCUUAUGAAAUGCAUGGAAAAUUAGUUAAUUAGUUUUUUUGGCAACGAUUUAAGAAAUUGAUUGACAUUUCAUAUAUAGAAAAGAAUAAUAUGUUGGAUUAGCAUGCUGAACAAAAAAAAAUGAAAGAGAAGAUAAAAAAAACAAAAACCAUUCAAUUCAAAUGCAAAAAAAAAUAUAUAUAUAUAUUGUUAGUUAUCUUUGCAAUUACAAAUUGUAUUAUUAAAUGUAUUUGGAAUAGAACGAAAAAGCAGCAGCAGUUUGAAACCCCCGAUAUAUAUAUAGAGAUAUAUACAAA